CUUUCCUUGAUGGGAUUUGAGUAUUUUUCUUUCUAGAACUUGCCAUUAGAAACUUACACUAUUUUGUUAAUUUUUGUAUUCUGCUAGAACAGUAGUUAUUCUUUUCUUGAGACAGUUUGAGAUAUGGCUUUUUAUGCUUUUCUUCAAUUUGUAACUUUCUGAUAAACCCAGAUUCCAAAAAAUCAGAAAAUGGCAAGGAUUCCCAACUUUGUGGUGGGAUUUCUUCUCUUGAUUCUUUGGACAGCCAUAGCAGAGGCAUCAGAUAGUUACAAGUAUAAAGACCCAAAACAGCCGAUAAAUGUUCGAAUAAAUGACUUACUGAGUCGGAUGACUGUGGAGGAAAAGAUUGGGCAAAUGACACAAAUCGACCGCACUGUUGCUUCCAAUGAGGUCAUGAAGAAGUACUUUAUUGGUAGUGUAUUAAGUGGAGGAGGAAGUGUUCCUGCUAAGAAGGCUUCACCAGAGACUUGGAUUGACAUGGUGAAUGAUUUUCAAAAGGGAUCUCUAUCGACCCGUCUUGGGAUUCCAAUGAUUUAUGGAAUUGAUGCUGUUCAUGGCCACAACAAUGUCUACAAAGCCACAAUAUUCCCCCACAAUGUUGGUUUGGGUGCUACCAGAGACCCUGAACUUGUUAAGAGGAUUGGAGCAGCAACAGCUCUUGAAGUUAGAGCUACAGGCAUCCAAUAUGUUUUUGCACCUUGCAUAGCGGUUUGUAGGGAUCCAAGAUGGGGUCGUUGUUUCGAAAGUUACAGUGAAGAUCCCAUGAUUGUCAGGGCAAUGACUGAGAUUAUACCUGGUUUACAAGGCGAUGUGCCCGCAAACGGAAAGAAGGGUGUUCCUUAUGUUGCUGGACAAAAAAAUGUUGCAGCUUGUGCAAAGCAUUAUGUGGGUGAUGGUGGAACAACUAAAGGCAUCAAUGAGAAUAACACUAUGAUAAACAGACAUGGAUUGCUUAGCAUUCACAUGGCAGGUUACUACAACUCUAUCAUCAAGGGUGUUUCAACUGUUAUGAUUUCGUACUCGAGCUGGAACGGGAAAAAGAUGCACGCCAAUCAAGAACUCAUCACCGGUUUCCUCAAGAACACUCUUCGGUUCAGGGGUUUUGUCAUCUCAGAUUGGCAAGGUAUUGACAGGAUUACCACACCAGAGCAUGCUAACUACACUUACUCAAUUAAUGCAGGAAUUACUGCUGGCAUUGACAUGAUCAUGGUUCCAUACAACUACACCGAAUUCAUCGACGGUUUAACAUACCAGGUGAAAAAUAAGUUUAUCCCAAUGAGCAGAAUUGAUGAUGCAGUAAAGAGAAUUUUGAGAGUUAAGUUUCAAAUGGGUUUGUUCGAGUAUCCAUUAGCUGAUCAAAGCCUUGUUCACGAGCUUGGUAGUCAGGCGCAUAGGGAGUUGGCUAGGGAGGCUGUGAGAAAAUCUCUAGUGUUGUUAAAGAAUGGUGAAUCUGCAGAAAAGCCAUUGUUACCGCUUCCAAAGAAGUCGGCGAAGAUUUUGAUUGCAGGCACUCAUGCAGACAAUUUGGGUUACCAAUGUGGUGGUUGGACUAUUGAAUGGCAAGGUGUUACUGGCAACAAUGUCACAGAAGGUACCACUAUCCUCACUGCCAUAAAAAAGACAGUUGAUCCAACAACUAAAGUUGUGUACAAGGAAAAGCCAGACACCGGCUUUGUCAAAUCAAAUGGAUUCAAUUAUGCCAUUGUUGUGGUGGGAGAAACUCCAUAUGCAGAGACAUUUGGUGACAGUUUGAACUUGACAAUUCCUCAACCUGGUCCAAGCAUCAUAACAAACGUGUGUGGGGCUAUAAAAUGUGUUGUUGUUGUUAUCUCUGGGCGCCCUGUUGUUAUUCAACCCUAUGUUUCAUCCAUAGAUGCUCUUGUUGCUGCUUGGCUCCCUGGAACUGAAGGCCAAGGUGUUGCUGAUGUCUUAUUCGGCGAUUAUGGUUUCACCGGAAAGCUUUCCCGGACAUGGUUCAAGACUGUUGAUCAACUCCCCAUGAACAUCGGAGAUUAUCAUUAUGAUCCACUCUUCCCACUUGGAUUUGGCCUCACUACAAAGCCAACUAAGACCUAUUAAGAGAGAGAGAGAGUUAUUCAUUCUUGAGAGUUAGCACACCAUAUUUAUCAUAGUUCAAUGGAAGAAGAGUCAAUUGACACCUUAUUGGUGAUUGUUGAGAAUGUAAUAAAGUUGGUGCCUGAGAAAUAAUUUUGUUCAUGUAGGGAACAAUUUCUGAUUAAUAGGGAAAAUAUGUCAAAUUUAUAAAUCA